AUGGGCGUACGACGAGAUUUGCUGGGCGGGACUUUGGGCGAGUGUCGAGAUUUGCUGGGCGGGACUAUGAGCGAGUGCCGAGAUUUGCUGGGCGGGACUAUGGGCGAGUGUCGAGAUUUGCUGGGCGGGACUAUGGGCGAGUGUCGAGAUUUGCUGGGCGGGACUAUGGGCGAGCGUCGAGAUUUGCUGGGCGGGACUAUGGGCGAGUGUCGAGAUUUGCUGGGCGGGACUAUGGGCGAGUGUCGAGAUUUGCUGGGCGGGACUAUGGGCGAGUGUCGAGAUUUGCUGGGCGGGACUAUGGGCGAGAGUCGAGAUUUGCUGGGCGGGACUAUGGGCGAGUGUCGAGAUUUGCUGGGCGGGACUAUGGGCGAGUGUCGAGAUUUGCUGGGCGGGACUAUGGGCGAGUGUCGAGAUUUGCUGGGCGGGGCUGAUGGGGAGACACAGUGA